CCCUCAAAUGGCGGGUAAUCAAAAUUCAGGAAAGCGUGACAAAUGUUGCCAAACCGGUUCUUCAGUCGUCUGCACUAACUAUGCGCCGUACACUGGGCAAAAAAUGGCGCCGUGUGGCAGAUUAGCAGGCUGGGCUUUACUGGCGCUGACAGCCGCGGUGAUUCUGAGCGAGGCGGCCGCCAAACGACCCUUCCCACAGCUCCGAGAUGUCCGAGAGUGGGCCAGAGUACUUGCCACGGACUUGAAGGCGAUGGUGGACACUGCCAAGUUCGACGAGCUUUCAACUGCCUAUGCUAAUGAAGUACAAGCAGGAAGACUGAGUCUCCAGACCAUCAACGGUACCCAGCUGAUUGAGACAUCCACCAAUAAGAUGGCCAGCUCUAUAGCUGUCCGCACCAAGGCUCUCAAGAGUCUGUCUGAAGCGGCAGAAGCUGCAGUUGCCAACCACAACUACAACCAGAGCAUCAAGGUUGCAGAUGUACCGUACUACAGUGCCAUGGACGGCAUCCCUGAACACAGGCUGCCUGGGCUGGCUGAUGACAAGUGGCUGGGGGGACAGACUAACCGCACAAACAGCUCUAUACACAUCCCUGUCAACAUCUAUGAACAAGAUGCACACGUGCUGAACGUGAUUGCCUGGUCCUCCCACCUGGACUCAGUGUUUAUAGACAACUGGCAGCAGAACCAGGAGACUCUGCCCUGGCAGGCCUUCGCCAGCCAGACUGGAGUGUUCCGCAUGUACCCCGCCAGACCCAUGCAGCCUCACAGAUUCGGCAGCAUGUCAUUCACUGCUGACAGAAGACAGUUCGCCAGCUAUGACCCACGUAUCUCGCAGUGGUACCAACAGACCAUCAGUUCCCCAAAGGACAUGCUCAUCCUUCUAGACACGAGUGGGAGUGUAGAAGGGCGCUCACUCAGCCUGAUGAAGCACACCACCUGGUUCCUCCUGGACAGGCUGACUGAGGACGAUUACGUGGCCACCGGAUACUUCAAUGCCUAUGCCCAGGCUGUCAGCUGUCUGAGCAGUUUUGUGCAGGCAACCACUCACAACAAGGAGGUGAUCCACAAGUCCCUGGACAACCUGGAGGCAGCUGACCAGGCCAACUACUACGCAGGCCUGGAGUAUGCCUUCAAGAUCUUCAACAACUUUGAAAUGGAGGAUCGGUUUGAGAACCAAGGGGCAGAAUGCAACAAGGUCAUCGUCCUGGUAACGGAGAAUGCUGAGCUGUACCCUGAGGCUGUGUUCCGCAAGUACAACCCAGACAGAAAUAUCCGUGUGUUUGUCAUCGUUGUGGGAGAACCUAUCCAUGACUGGAGCGUGCUGCAAAAAAUGGCAUGUGACAACAGAGGGUACUUCUCAACUGUCAGGAGCGACGGUGCAGCCAGGGAGGCAUCAGGGGACUUUGGCCAGGUCUUGAGUCGACCAGUCGCCCUGGAGAAUUCUAAAGAGGUCACCUUCUCCAAGAUCUUCAUGAGUGAAAAAGGCGACGACUUUGAGGUGUACGUCAGCUACCCAGUCAUCAACACUACCAUGGAUAAUCCGCCCUAUAUUGCAAAUGACGGCUCAUGUAAACUUGAUGAUAGUGCUUGUGCUAACCAGGCAGUGCUCGGAGUUGUGUCUGUGCCAUGGCCUGUGAAAGAAAUGAGGAAGUCACUUCCAUUGAGAGAGCUUGGCCAUGGAGGUUAUGCCUUCAUCAUCAACAACAAUGGCUUUGUUGUUCUACAUCCUCAUCUCACACCUGAAGAUGCCUUCUAUUCCAAGCCCCCCACCAUCGACCUUCUGGACAUUGAGUUCACGAACCCAGACAAGGAGGCCAUGAGGAACAAGAUGGUGAAACUGGAAACUGGCCGGGAUGUCAUCAACACUCUCCACAAGACACAUGACCAUAACUACAUUGAUGAGGUUCAGAUGACUUACCACUAUGGACCAGUCAAGGGUACAGGAUUCAGCAUGGGCUUGGGUAUUCCACAGUACCACCCUGGAUCCCUGGAUGUGUCGGGGGUCUCAUACCAGGAAGGGUUCCGGGCCUUUGAAAGCAACUCAGCUGGGAAGUUGGUUCUGACACCACUAUUUUACUGCUCUAAUUACUCGUCCAGUCCACACAACUGUCAGGACAACCUGCGCUGUAAGGUGAGGGAGAAGAUAGCAGAUGCACAUCACCUGGGGCAGAACGCACCUGAACACUGUGAUGAGAAGAUGAUACAGCAUGUGAUGCUUGAUGCUGUCGUCACCGCCAGCCACGCAACCAACCAAUGGCAGAGCCUUGCUCCGCAGUUUCAGAGUCAGGGAAUCGACUCCUUGUUUAUCAGUGGAGCAUCCGGACUGACAAGGGUACUUCAUGAUGGACUGACAAGGAUAUUUCGUGAUCGGGAAACCCCCUUCCACCAUGGAGACAGCUUCACGGCCACCUACUUCACUCGUUCCCUCAGCAACAAGGAUGUGUACAUGUUCCACACCCCACGGGAGGAAGAUAUGGAGCCAUCAGACCCACUGAACAUUGUUGGAGCUAAAGCUGUGAAAGUGCCUGUACAGGGACAGGAUGUUCUACCAGCAGUUGCAGGGGCAAACAUCAACGCAGAUAAAGUCUCUGACAAAAUGAAGGAUAUUUCAGAAAUCAAGGGAUGUCGAACAUACACACCAACAUCCUGUAUGACCUGUGCAGAUAUGGAUGCAGAAUGUUUCCUGUUGGAUGAUGGAGGUUUUGUCAUCGCCACCACUAGAGAUGACAGCCAGGAUGUGAUCGGGACAUUUUUAGGAGACAGGGAUGGUUCCCUGAUGAUGUCACUUCUGCAGCAUGAAGUUUAUGAGAGGGUGGAGUCAUAUGACUUUGCUGCUAAGGUUAGGCUGGUGGACCACCUCCGUGGCCUGGGGUUACCUGAGGUACUAUGUGUAUGGAUCCUUGAUGUCAGCGUGGCUGAGUGUUGCUGGUGCUCAGAACGUCCCCACCCCCACACCGACUACCAUAUACACAGAGGACCCAGAUGAGCUGCGCCAUCACUGUGUAGCCCAGCAGACGCAGUAUCGAUUCUUUGGCGACUUUGCUACGAAUGACGGGUUUAGGCCAUGGUCUGAGUUUGCAGCCGUGCGUCUGCCCGACACCAACCUGCUGUUUGUCAUUGCUGACGAGAACUGUGGGUUAUGCAACACCACCAGACUGGCUCAGAGCCAGUUCUUUGAUAUCCUUUUGAUGAUCUAG